GACUGAUUUGAGCCUUAAAAGAAAAGGUUUUGAAGUUGAUUUUCUGAUGAAUGUUGAAAUGAUUUAGCAACAGGGGAGAAAUGCCCAAGGAGAGACCAACGGCAAGCAACAUGACGAGAGUGUCACCGUACCCGCUUCACUCUUCAAGGACUCAAAGAGAGAUCCAAGCUGAGUCGCCUAUCCAGAAUCAAGGCCCGGGCGAGUGGGAGGAGAUCAAGUGUGUAAUCUGCAUGGAACCUCCACAUAAUGCGGUCCUCUUGAAGUGCUCUUCCUUCUCCAAGGGAUGCCGUACUUACAUGUGCGACACCAGCGGUCGUCACUCCAACUGUUUCAAGCAGUACAGAAGAAAAAACAGAAACCGGUUUACCAAGGCCAUACGGUGUCCUAACUGCAGAGGAGAGGUUAAAGAGACGAUGAAGGAGUCGGGUGCAAGGAGAUAUCUGAAUGCAAAACCGAGGUCAUGCGCUUUUGAGGGAUGCACCUUCUGGGGGAGUUAUAGUCAGAUAGAGAAGCACUUGAAAGCUGAUCAUCCCCGUUUCAGCAGAAGACCCUUGGUAGAUGCAGUGAGACAGCGGGCGUGGGAUGAGAUGCAGAGAGGUGGUGAGUACACUGAAAUCAUGACUGCAGCGGGUCUUCCUCCUCCUCCUCAUCGGCUGAUUCAGAUAAGCGUGAAUGGAGUGGUUCGGAACUAUUUAUUUACGGCUCCUUCGCCUCAUAUGCCAACAAGAGUGGAUAUUCAAGCCGUGGCCAUAUUUCCCAGUUAGUUGGACUCCAUCCUAAAUUUGAAUCUUGUUCAUAGUUUUGAUGUGUAAUAGCUUUUUGUUGAUGUCUCAAUAGCAUCAUCCCUUAAAUGUUUUAGGUGGUUCUAUCAUAUAUAUAUAUAUAUAUAUGUAUGCAGCGGUUUCAACCCAAAAAAAAAAAAAAAUACUAAAGUUAAAAUUUAUAAUAAGGAGGCAGACAAGAAUCUGAGGGAGAGGGAGAGGGAGAGCUUUAGUCUCUAAUAUUCAUCCAAUCACACUAACGAAAGGGAAGGACCCUCCUCGGGAAAGUGUAUAUGGAGCAGAGCAAUCAAAAUCUCAGAAUACAUGCACAGAUUAAAGCAAGAAACAAUAUGUGGUAUUCACAAAAACCUGGUUUCACGAUCUAACAGCGUAUAUAUAUUGUCAAAAUCCAAUGAUCAAUCAAUCAAUCGACCCCAUUCAGAAUCAAAGACAAUCAAUCAAUCCGUGUGGAUCGAGAUCUGCAACUUACCUGCAGCCGUGAGAAAACAGAAGCGGAAACCGAGGAGCCGAGCGAGAGAGAGAGAGAGAGAGAAAGGUGACUCAGCCGCGAGAUUGAUUUCAGAUUCUUCUUCUCCACACAUGAAAAUUGAAAUAAUGCUUCUUCGCCCGUGCGACUCUUUUAGUUAAAGGGAAAGCUGCGAUUGACGUGAUCUUAUGCAAUCCAUUGGGGAAAUCAGGGGGGUGCACUAAUACAGCAGUUCAUGAUCUUAUCAUUUGGAUCACUAGCCAAUUCAACACCCUACCUAGGAAUGAUCUUGUUGGUCAUUGUCACUGCGUGGUUAGCUGCAGCUAAGUCGCUGGAGGGACAGUUCAACGCUCUGCGGUCUGAAGAAGAGCUGGAGAAGGAAAUGGAGAGAGCCUCAUCUGGUGAAGAUCCCAGUUGUGUCUCAAGACGAAGGUUCCCUUGGAGAAGAAUCUUCAAGCAGUUCUUCACCUGAGAAAUCGGCUCCCACCAACAUAUAUAAGAAGAGUGCUUUUGAUAUUUUGUUUUUUAGGGGAAAGGAAUCAAGGAUGAAAUCAACAAAAAAAAUAAGAUUUUGAGAGUACGAAAAAAAGAGACUAAUCUCUCUCUCUCUCUCAAACAAUCUCUCAUUUGCACGCCCACUUUUUCUUUAGUCUGUAGCCAUUCUUUUUCAGUUAAA